AUGCUAAUACCUCGAUUUUCGUUAUCGCAAACUGCAACACAUUUGUCCAUUACUAUUCGAUGUCCGUACGUAAAAUUCUCUUCAUCAACGUCAAAUGACGAACAAAACGGUGUUGAAGUUGAUUUCCCGUCAUCCGAUGAAUUCUACUUCGCUUGUAAGCCGUACUAUCUUCAUCUAUAUCUACCCGGUCGUGUGAUCGUCAAAGAUGUACCGAAUUAUACCUAUGAUAUCGAUACGUCUUCGUUUUGUUUUACCUACGAGAAAGAAACCAAAGAUGAAUAUUUCGAAAAUCUCGAUAUGAUAACAAAAUUACUUCAUAAGAAUAAGAAGAUUGUACCGAAUGCAGUGGAAGAAAUUGCGGAUGAAUCCGAUAACGAAACAGAAGAAGAUGAAAAUGAACCAUUGUGGAACCAAAUGAGACAAUUAGAAAUCGAUGAUCAACCAAAACAAACUUUGACAUCAACAUAUUCCUAUGGUUUCAAUCAUCAGUAUAAAGAUAUCUUUACAAAUUUCGAUUCGGAAUAUUCUUUGAUAUUUGAUAAUCAAUCUCCUGAUACUUGUCCCACAUCUUCCAUCCGAUCGCGUCGAUUAGAAAAAGAACAAUCCGAUUUCAAUGUUGAGCAUUAUCUAGCGGACAAAUAUGAGUUAACCGAUGAAGAACUAUUUCAUUACAAAUUAACUAUCGACGAUGAACUCAACGAUCAAGAUCGAGACGAUCUUAAAAAUUUGAAAUACAAACAAUUCUUAAUCGAUGAACCUAUAUCGAUAUAUUUAGGUUUAAUUGAUUUACUCUAUGCAUUUGCUUAUGAUCAACGAAUUACACAAGGUGAAUCAUGUUGCGAAUCUUCCUGGAAUAUUCAUAAAUUAUCUUCGACAUUAUCUUGGUUUGAUACAUUUACUGAUCUUCCAUCUGUUCUGAUUGCGUGUUGUCGUCGAACAUUAGCUUAUCCGCUAAUUCGCUCAUUUAAACUGGCGAAAAGGUGUUUAUCUGAUGUAAUCGAAAUACUUUCCUCAGGAAAACGUGCAAUACUUCAAUGUUUACUGCAAAUAAGACGAACAUUUCUCGACGAAGAACAUCGAUAUUUAUUGAAUACAUUGUAUUUAAAUGAUUACUGUUUAUGGAUACAAACAGAUUGUCAAAGCAAAUGGUUAGAAUCGUUGGUCGAAGCAAUGAAGCAUACGAUUGAAUCAAAUCUCGAUGAAGAUGAUCUUGGAUUUGAUUUCGAUAAGCAAACUUUCGCUUGGAAAGUUAUUCUACAUGAAUCAAGUGAUAGCGAUGAUAUUUCAUCAGAUGAUAAUGAUGAAAAUUGUUAA